UGGGGUUGAGCCGCGCCGCUCUGUGGCCACGGGCUUCCAGCUCCGAGAACAUGACCACGGCCCAGAACGGCCACGGGCGAGUCGCUGCAAUCCCGUGUUCAGUCUCGGAUCCCACAGACCCCAGCCCGGUGCCUUACCCAGCCUGUCAGAACGGAGGAUGCGGAGGCGGCGGCGGCGACCCCGAAGCCCAGGACUCCAGGCCAGGCCCCGCCAAGUUCGUGCGCCUCUUCUCGGUGAGCAGGAAGAGGACGGGCGCCCACCCCGAGAGGCCUCGCUCCGUGGUCCUGAUGGGGCACUCUUCCACCUGGAACGCGCUGGCCUCCUUUCGGAAGAUGGGAUCCUUUAAAAAACUGAAGUCCUCCGUCUUUCAAGGAAUUCAAACCCGAGAGGGGUCCGAGGCCGCCAAGGCGGAGGCCUCGGAGCCCGAUGGGGGCCCGGCCCUCCCCAACGGGGCGGCCGUGGCCAUCCCGGCUGGCGGGCGCGGGUCCUCGGGAGCCACGGGCGGGCCACCCCAGCCUGGGCCCGCGUCCGACGGCUCGGACCCCGAGGAGGCGGACGACGCCUUCCAGAGGAGCACGCACCGCUCCCGCAGCCUGCGCCGCGCCUACGGCCUGGGCCGCAUCAGCCUCCGGGACGCGGAGCCGCAGGGCCCGCCGGAGUCCCCGGAGCCCCCGGGGUGCGCCGUCCUCGCGAAGGACGCGGAGCACAACAGCGUCGCCUACCGGAGAAGCAAGAGCACGGACAACCUGAACUUCCUGAGGAAGAGCUCCUUCAAGAGGAAGUCCGCCUCCAACCUGGCCGACCUCCGCGCGGCGCCCGACCGGCCCGCGCCCCGACGGACGCUGAGCAGCUGCUCCGCCGACUCCGAGAAGCUCGGCGGGUCAGAGCGGAGGACGAAACGCUGGAAGAGCCCCAUCAGGGCCAAGGACUUCGACCGGGUCCUCAGGCUGGUGAGCAGCGCCACCGACGCGGCCUGGAAGCGAGAGCGCCCCAAGGGCGAGGCGCCCUGUCCCGGCGAUGCCGCCCCGCGUCCCGGGCCCCGCAGCCGCCUGCACGACGACUACUCGCGCCGGGCGUCCAGCAGCGCGGAGCUGGAGGGCCGGCGGGCCGGCCCGGCCCCCGACUUCAGCCCAGCAGGGCCGCGGGGUCCCCACGUGGACGUGGAGACCGCGGUGUUUCCUCUCGAGGCCCAAAGCGGCGGUCCUGGCACCGGCAGCCCGGUGCCCAGCCCGACUGCCCAGGAAGGAGCACGCAGAGACGCCCUUGAACCAAAACCCGGCCGCCAGUUUACCUUGGAAUCCGAGCAGCCUCUAAGGCCCACCGCCCCCAAGCCCCCCAGCCCUCAGAGCCCAGGCACGGGCAAGGACCCCCACAGUCUCAGCGCGCUGUCCCUGAGUUCGGCGGACAGCAACGAAAGGGCGGAAGGUCCUGCGCCCUUCCCAGAUCUGGUGCAAGCCCCAUGUGACAAGGGCGGUGAGGACAGCGGGUCCGGAAGCCACUCUCAGCCGGGCCUGGGCGAGGCCCCGGGUCCAGAGGAAAAGGAGGAGGAGGUAAGGGUUGUUACUGAGGAAUCCUGGAGGCGGGGCUCAUCCCUGGAGGAAGAUGGGAAGGAGGCUCAGAGGACACCCAGGAGGCGAUGGGGCUCUGGGAGGAGGUCCCGGCCUCGACCGCUCUCAGACUAUGGCCAGUUUGCCUGCCGAAGUUUGUCUAUUCCUGAAGACUCAAUUGCUGUGGACCCCCAGAAGGAGGACAUUGUGGACAGUGACCACCAGCUGAGCAUGGCCUCCACAGUCCCCGCAGACCAGAAUGCAGCCACGGGCUGCCCCAAAGGAUGCCAGAGAAGGCGCCCCAUCUCCGUGAUAGGCGGGGUCAGCUUUUAUGGGAACAGCCAGACAGAAGCAAUAGAGACUCUUCUAACCCAACCAGCAGCCAGGCCGCCCGUGCCAGCUCACCAGGUGCCGCCCUACAAAGCGGUUUCGGCCCGGUUCCGGCCGUUCACAUUUUCCCAGAGCACCCCCAUUGGGCUGGACCGCGUGGGACGGCGGCGGCAGAUGCGAGCAUCCAAUAUUUCUUCAGAUGGCGGUACUGAGUCCUGUGCCUUAGUGGACGACAACGGCAGCGAGGAGGACUACAGCUAUGAAGACCUCUGUCAGGCCAACCCCAGAUACCUGCAGCCAGGCGGGGAGCAGCUGGCCAUCAACGAGCUGAUCAGUGAUGGCAGUGUGGUCUGUGCAGAAGCCCUGUGGGACCACGUGACCAUGGAUGACCAGGAACUGGGCUUCAAGGCAGGAGAUGUCAUCCAGGUUCUGGAAGCCUCUAACAAGGACUGGUGGUGGGGCCGGAGUGAGGAGAAGGAAGCCUGGUUCCCGGCAAGCUUUGUCAGGCUGCGUGUCAAUCAGGAAGAGCUGUCGGAGAAUUCCAGCAGCACGCAGGGCGAGGAGCAGCAGGAGGAUGCUGGCAAGACCCGCCACAAACACGCUGAGAGCAAGCAGCAGAUGCGGACCAACGUCAUCCAGGAGAUCAUGAACACCGAGCGGGUGUACAUCAAGCACCUCAAGGACAUCUGUGAGGGCUAUAUUCGACAGUGUCGCAAGCACACGGGAAUGUUCACUGUUGCACAGCUAGCCACCAUUUUUGGAAACAUUGAAGAUAUUUAUAAAUUCCAAAGGAAGUUCCUGAAAGACCUUGAGAAACAGUACAAUAAAGAGGAGCCUCAUUUAAGUGAAAUAGGAUCCUGCUUUCUUCAACAUCAAGAGGGCUUCGCUAUCUAUUCCGAGUACUGUAACAACCACCCGGGGGCCUGCGCGGAGCUGUCCAGCCUGAUGAAGCAGAGCAGGUACCGGCACUUCUUCGAGGCCUGCCGCCUGCUGCAGCAGAUGAUCGACAUCGCCAUUGACGGCUUCCUGCUCACACCCGUGCAGAAGAUCUGCAAGUACCCCCUGCAGCUGGCCGAGCUGCUCAAGUACACCACGCAGGAGCACAGUGAUUACAACAAUAUAAAGGCAGCCUACGAGGCCAUGAAAAACGUAGCCUGUUUGAUCAAUGAGCGCAAACGCAAGCUGGAGAGUAUAGACAAGAUAGCGCGUUGGCAAGUAUCCAUCGUAGGCUGGGAGGGACGGGACAUUUUAGACCGAAGUUCCGAACUGAUCCAUUCUGGGGAGCUGACCAGAAUCACUAAGCAAGGCAAGAGCCAGCAGCGGACAUUCUUUCUGUUUGACCACCAGCUCGUGUCCUGCAAGAAGGACCUGCUGCGCAGGGACAUGCUCUAUUACAGGGGCCGCAUGGACAUGGAUGACAUGGAGCUCGUGGACCUAGAGGACGGGCGGGACAAGGACUGGAACCUCAGCGUGAAAAACGCCUUCAAGCUCGUCAGCAAAACCACUGACGAGGCUCAUCUGUUUUGUGCCAAGAAACAGGAAGACAAGGCGAGGUGGCUGCAGGCUUGUGUGGAUGAAAGGAGACGGGUGCAGGAGGACCGGGAAAUGGGAAUGGAAAUUUCUGAAAAUCAAAAGAAACUAGCCAUGUUAAAUGCUCAAAAGGCAGGACAUGGAAAGUCAAAAGGCUAUAGUGGAUGCCCCGUGGCCCCACCACACCAGAGCUUGCACCCCAUGCACCAGCGCCACGUCACGGUGCCCACCAGCGUCCCUCAGCAGCAGGUGUUUGCCCUGGCAGAACCCAAGCGGAAGCCUUCGCUGUUCUGGCACACCUUCAACAAACUCACCCCUUUCAAGAAAUGAAAGCGGGAGGGCCGCACCUCGGCCUGUGGCCGUGAAGAGGACCUUUUUGUUCCUUCUGUGCUCGGUCCAGGGACAGUCUGGUGGACCCAGUGCUCUUCUUUGGGGCUGAAUAAAGAAGAGAAGGACCUGGACUCGCCCUCCGUCUCAGAGACACAGCUGCCUGCUUGGGAGGGGGAGAAGGUGAAGAAGCUCCCCAGUGCCCAGGAGGCUUCCGUGACUUGUGCCGAGGUGGCCGGGACUGAGGAACUGGCGACAUGCUCUGAAGUGAGUGCUGAGCAGUGACCCUGCUAGCCUCGCUGGUGACGAGUGCCGGUGCGGCAGCCCAGGUCCAGGUGCUGCGAGGAAGGACAGGAUGGCUCGGCGCUUUUGCAUUUGGUUUGAAAGGAAUGGUCGUCCUGGGUUUGGGACGUCACUGGCGCGGUCAUCCGUUCCUCUCUUCCUUAGUGUUAGGGGACUUAGCGCAGACGUGUUCCCUGGUGUCAUCUGAACCCACACAGUGGCCACAUGAUAAUUAGCAGGCUUCAUCUUGUAGGUCCUCCCCACACAGGCUGGAGGGGAAAGCAGGAUGAGCCUGUCUGGAAGCUGGGAGGCCUACAGUGCAGUAACUUCAGCCUCCUAGGGUGAGGCUGCUUCCCGGGAGGGAGCGAGGGAGGCGGGGAAACCCUGUGGCAGGCGAGAUGGCGCCAGAUAGGUCCUCUCUAGUCAGUACUCUCCCACUCCGCAGGUAACUCCGGGAGCAGAACCCUGUCAGCUGGUUCAUCACCUAAAAACUAUUCAAACAGCCUGUUUGCAAUGUACAAACCCAUUCACUUUAGUUCCAGGAUAAAGUGAAUAUGCAAAUGCACUGAUUGAAAGGCAUUCUCAUUCAAUCACUUAUUCCUGGCGCCGUCACCAAUGAAGUUAUCAUGACAGUUACAUCCCCUGAGAAAGCUUGAGCUUCAAAGCAGCCCAUCAGCUCCGUGAGGAGCCCACGUGGUUGCAUUAAUCCAAACUGUAUGCUAACCAUGCCAUUAUUGCAUGUCAGCGGGUUUCUGAAGAUUCCCUCUUUAUAAAGAGGCCUUAACAGAAUAUAUCUAGACGCAGAGAUAGCAGCCUUCCUUUAACGAGGGCCACAUGGGCUGAUACCUGUCAACAGUUUUCUCCUAGUCUUUGUCUAUAUUGUAAAUUUUGAUGAAAAAAACUUUAAAAUGUGUCUGGAGAAGACAGGCUCUGCAAGAGAGAUGCCAUUGUAAUUUACUUAGUGCACUGGAUGGGGCGGGGAGGGUAUUGUAUGACUCAAUUUGUGUUUUUCUAUUUGAAAAUCUCCUUUUUGUAUGCUACUCUUGGAAGUUCUUUUUUCUACUAGGCCCAUGCUUAAGAAUAAACAAACUGUACUGUCAAUCA